AUGAAGGUCGCUUCAGGUCUCAUUCUGGCCCUUGCCGCCGCGGCUCUUGGACGGCCGAUUUGCCCCGAGGAAUGCAACACGCAGGUCCAGGACCCAGCGUCAAACCAGGCUGCCGUACUGGAAAAGCGAGGGUGGUUCGGCUUGCAUUGUGCACGAUGUGAGGAUGACGGAGACUAUUAUAAGCCCUCGCCGGAGGUCUAUAACAGGAUGAGGAACGGGAAGAAGAACGGGAAGAGCCGUGGGCACCCGAGUGACAGCUCCUCCCAGACUGCGGGCCCGAGUGGCAGCUCCUCCGAGUCUGCGGGCAGCCCGGGCAUCGCCAGGGACGCAAUGAAUCGUUGGUACAGCAAGACACGCAACAAGGAGGCCUCGCAGGAAGCAUACCGGCCUUCGGACCCGGAAGACACCCGCGAGGACCCGAUCAAUACUGCUCCCCCGUCGGGGCAUCGAGUCAACUCCGCGGUUCUCGAGUCUGCGGACCGGCCCGUGGAAAGCAUCAUUCCGCCCGCGUCGGAGGCGGGUGACCCUCCUAGUGCGCAUCCCAAGCCUCUGCUUCGCACCAAGUUCACGGGAACCGACGUCGUCAGGCGUCCCGUGCCUGCGCCGCGUGUGGGCCUGCCUGCCUAG